GAUACUCUCAAUAACAAUAACGUAAUAAAUGUAAACGGUUUUUUCUCUCUCUCACCUGAAAUCGCAGGAAUCGUGACCAGCCGUGACGAGGAUCAGCAGGACAAGCGCUCGAAGCAUCGUCGAAUUGACAGUAGCGGCGCCCGCUUGAUCCUCACAAUUUCGAGCGCUGCCUUUUUAAAGCGGAUGCGCCCCAAUUUUCGACAAUUCCCAAUUUGCUUCAAUCACGCUCACACGCAAUUUCCUCUAUGAAUCUCAUCGCACAGACACAUAAUUGAAUUAACUUGUAUAUAUUAUUAUUACUGUUAUCUAGCUAGAAAUCGAGAACGGAAUGCAAAACUAAAAGAGACACCCUGUAGAUAUAUAAAUAAGCGUUUCCAUGGUAUCACUAUUGAUGAAUAAACAGCGAGCUGAUUUUUUUUUUUUUGUUUGGUUAGACGUGGAAGUGAAAAGUUGCGUGGAAAUUGUGCAAGAAAAUUGAAGUUGUAGACUUUGUUAGUAAAAGUUUAGCAAAUCAAAUGGAAUGGCCCAGCAAGAACGUGGCCAAGGGCGGCGUCUUUCAGCACGCAAAGGUCAACUACAGCCCGGAGACGACUCGAUUCCUGCAAACUCUGAUCAACGAAAGUAAAAUGACGACGAUGCAAAGGAACAGGAUAAAUUACUCUUUAAGAUCUGGUGAACCUCUGCCAUCUCUUGCUGUUGGAGAGAGGAAAGGCGGAAGCAGAAACAGAGAACCCAAAGUGUACAUUAGACCUGGCAGCAGCAAACGUCGAUCGUUGGAUUCGAUUCUGAAAUCCGGCGCUUACAGCAGGGAGCAAUUCACGCCGACAGUUCCGCGGGUGGACAGAGAGAAAGCGAAGGAGGAGCUGCAGCAGAGGAUGGCUUUCGGGAGGAAGGGAAAACCGCCAAUUGUCGAGGCCAGAAAGCAGAAGCGAGAGGAGCCGAAGGAAAUGAAUAGAUUCGAUGAGAUCAAGCAGGAGAUAAAAGAGCGCGAGGAAUGGCUCAAAGAGAUGGAGGCUCUCGGGGAGGGAGAUAAAUACCGACUGGUCAUUAACCAGCAAAUCCAAGAUCGGAUUCGAGAGAUGCGUCGAAUGAAAAUUAGCGACGAAUAAACCAUUUCCGCUUUAUCUACUCUUUAUUUUCU